AUGUAUCUACAGGUCGAGGUGUUCAAUGUCCCGGCAAAUAUAGCUGCAUCUGAGCUAGCAAAUAAAAGAGGAACAACAGCUUUUCAAAAUUUCAUAUAUGACUUAUCAAUACCAUUUCCAUUCUUGCUGUUACUUUGUGGAUUCGGUUAUCUAAUAGUCAUUGGAAUAAUCUAUGCCAUUGUGAAAUCUAUACUAGCUAAUCGUAAACCAAGUGUCAAACAGCCGACUAAAACAUUUCAGCCCUUCAGCUGUUGUCCAUGUUGCCUGUCCAUUGCAGAUUUAUGCAAUUGUUGUCGAGUUACCUCGAUUGAUGCUUGCCUUAAUGGUAUUUGUCCACAACGUAGAACUCAUGAUUGUACUGACUUAUUACUGUGUCAAAUAUGCCUUGGAAGACCUGGUCGAAUGAAAUCAUCUGUACCGUUAUUCAAAUGUCCUGUAUGCUGUCGAUCAGCUUAUUGUGAAGACACGGUUAUUUGUUGUUUCUUUUGUGAUUUUCGAGCAAAACCACUUCUACAAGAGGACUGACUGCGUGUGUCUCUAUUGCAUCUUUCUACACAGUAUGCGUUUUUUAUGCCU